AUGGCCGGUGUAAGCCCCAUUUCUAGAAAUGGAGCCAUAUCUAAAGCAACAAUGGAGGAUGUACCGAUAAUCAGAUCAAUGGUUGAUGCGGCAUUCUCCAAAUACAUCGAGCGCAUUGGCAAAUCACCAGCGCCUAUGCUAGCAGAUUACAAUGAAGUCAUCCAAACACACCCUGUAUUUGUUCUUAAAGACCAGAGCAGCAGAGUUGUUGGGUCUAUUGUCCUUCAUCUCGAUCCAAGUUCUGAUUCUGUUGAAAUAAACAAUUUGGUCGUGGACCCACAGGCACAGGGCUAUGGUUAUGGCCGGGUUUUGAUGGAUUUUGCAGAGGAGUUUGCUCGAUCACAAGGCUUCUCUGCUUUGACACUCUAUACGAAUGUGAAAAUGUAUGAAAAUCUCAGUCUAUACGUCAAAAUGGGAUUUUCGGAGACAGGAAGAAGGACAGAUGAUGGAUUCGAACGUGUUUUCUUCUACAAGAAGCUAUGA